AUGCUUGCUGGUGCUUAUCAUAUUGGCCAAAAGCCGAUCCACUCAUCGCUUCGUGGUUUUUGCCACGAUACUGAUGAUGUUGAGGAGGAGUUUUCUCUCCUCAAUGAAGAGCAACUGAAGCAAGUUUAUGGUGGUGUGUAUCCAACUGAUUUUCCACGAGAAGCUAUUCGCUUGAAAACUACAUUGCAGCAGCAUUCGCUUUUGCAGGCAAAAUUCAGCCGUGCAGAAUCAGAUAGAGGCGAAAUUAAGCGCCUUCGUUUCCACAGAGGAUUGUCGGCUACAUCUAUCCUCCACCGAAUAACUCCUGUUCAUGAUCGCCUGGUUGAAGGAACAAGAAAUGUCUUCUACGAUCACUUUUACGCCAAAAACCUAGUUAAUCGUUUCAUCAUGUACACAAAUUCAACAUUCUAUAUCGGUGCUGAUACCCCCAAUACCAUCCGUCUCGUUCCUGAUCUUGCGAUCUGCUCUGCCUCGCAACAUCCGUUCCUUGUCCUUGAGGUUGGUUUGAGUGAAAAGUACGAUGAUAUGCUCGAAACGGCCAAGACAGUACUCUCAAAAUCGCCCACGACAAAGUUAUGUAUCAUAAUAAAGGUCUUCGAAAAGCCUCUGUUUCGACCACCAGUCAAACUCGGAGAUUUCCUCUGCAAACCACGUUCUGACAUUCCCAUCCCAUCGCCACUGUCAAUGAAUGACUGCCAUGCAUGUGAGAGUGAACCAGAGGGUCCCAUUAUGGUCAAUGGCUUGAGAUGGGUUGGCAAAUUAUCUGCCUUCUGGGAAAUUUGGGGUAGAGAUAUCUCAGGCAACCCCGCCGUCAUCGGAGAGAGACUGUUAUUGCAACUUCAGUGGUUCUAUGGUCCGAAUGCCCAGUCUCAAACCAUUAAAGUCGACCUAACAGGACUCGAAGGAAACUCCACGGAAAUUGCUAUUAAAAGCUCUGUUUUGGCCCAGGCGAUACACAGCUCACGCGCCCACCUGGCGGCCAAUCGUUGUUAUGAAUUUCUCACAAAUUGGUCUGCAAAAAGACAAAAAACUUAG